CACAAAUUGACAACGUGGCACUUUUACUGCAUUAUUGUUAAUGAUUUCUUAAUAAAGAAUGAGUAUCAAUAAUCCCGGACUUCAAUAAAUUAAUAUAGCUCAGUCUCGUAUCUCUGAUAAAGGAGAAUCAAACUCUAUGCCGCCUCUACUGUAGCCGAGUCGCAUUUACUAUCGCAGCUCAUAUCGUACAGUUUACAGUUUCAGCGCCAUGUUCCCAUCCCUUGGUAAGAAAAGAAGGGUAAUAAUAACGAUGAGACGCGUAGCUCAUCCAUAUUAGAAGAGUCUUUAAUGAACUCGGAUCGUCAGAGACACUCCUCCUGCUCCCGGCUCCCUCCGCUCCGCUCCCGUUACCAGACGAUGCGCGCGUGAAAAUUUGCAGCCCCAUCUUUAUCAGUAUCAUCGCCGUGAAGACAAAGAGAAGACCGCAAAUGAAGAUGUGCUGCACUAGCAGGAGAAGCCCCUCUUAAAAUCACCGUUACCGCAGCUGUGCCCGCCCAGAGGCAGACAGAGAACCGGUCCUUGGAGACUCUUUGGGGAUGCGCAAAGAUGUGAGAGUGAAGAGUGAGAUGCAUUAUGAUUGGCCAUCCUCAUCCUAAAAGCGUCAGGCAAGGAGAGUGAUGUUUGCUCCAGCAAAAGAGUCGACGAGGUGGCAUCAAACUUGAAGGAGACGUGUUCAGUGUGCACAUUCAAUGCUUUCACGGCAUUAACCGUAAACUUGCAUCAUUUCCCCAAAGAGGCGGACGCGCUUUCCGUGGUGCUGAAACAGAGACUUGGCUGAUCAACUAGUGAACAAGAGGAGGAACCUCUCACUUCGUCACCUGCUUCUGAGCUUCAUUGUAUUGAGGAGCCGUGGCAAGAACUUAUUACAUUAGCAUCUGACUGUGCUACAUCAUGCUGUGGAUGAAGUGGAAGAUGGUGGUGGACUCCCUGCGUGGACGGAGAAGGAGACUGCCCUGUUCCCUCUGGUUUCUCCUGCUGUUUGCUGCUGGAGGUCUGGUUCUCUUCAUCCACCAGCAGGCUCUGUCAGAGAUGGUCCAGCAACAAGGCCCAGGCGUGAAGCUUGGAAGUACUCCACGGCAAUCCAGAGAGACACUUUCCACUCGGGACCGCGAGAGAGGCAAAUCUGAUAGUUUCCAGGACCUCCAAGUUACAGAAAACAUCCUGUCCAGCGCGAUCCCUCCAAUGCAGUUCCCACAUUUUGAGAAGAGCAGAAAAACAGCCUCCCCUGGGUCUCAGGAGCAGGACAUAGGUUCCCUUCAUGUCACGAAAAGACAACGCAAACUGCUAAAAACAAGUCCUCCAAUUCGACACACCAAAAAUACCAUUUCCUCAUCUUCCUCAUCCUCAGUCUCAUCCUCAUCUUCAAUUUCCUCUUCAUCCCCAAUGUCCUCCUCCAUUACAUCGGGCUUUUUUUCUCCAGAGAGCUGGCAAAAGCUCUCCGGUAUCCUGGAAGCACGCCAGCAACUGAUGAAGGAAAUCUGUGCUAAGUACAAAAGCAGCAUUUCAAAGACCAUCACACGUCAUCAUGUGAAAAGCAUCUUUGUGGAGGACAAGUACAAGUUGCUAUACUGCCAGGUCCCCAAGGCAGGAUGCUCCAACUGGAAGAGAACCCUGAUGGUGCUGGCGGGUAAGGCCUCCAACACUCAGAGUAUUAAGCAUGACACAGUCCACUACGGGCAGCAUCUCAAGAAGCUUGAUAGCUUUGACCAACAGGGAAUCAUGCACCGUCUGCAAACCUACACCAAAGUCAUAUUUGUCCGUGAGCCCUUGGAGAGAAUGGUGUCAGCUUACCGGGACAAGUUUGAAAAUCCCAACAACUACUACCACUCCCUGUUUGGGAAACCCAUCAUUUCCAAAUACAGGGUGAACCCAUCAAAAGCAGCCCUGAAGACAGGAAAUGGGGUCACAUUUAAAGAAUUUGUCCAAUACCUGCUGGAUGUCCACCGGCCCGUAGGAAUGGACAUCCACUGGGAGCAGGCAAAUCAGCUGUGCAACCCUUGCCUCAUAGAUUACGACUUUAUCGGCAAGUUUGAGAACAUGGAAGAAGAGUCUAACUUUCUCUUGCGAUUGGCAGGGGCACCACCUAACCUCACAUUGCCCAGUUUUAAAGACAGGAACCCAAGUGACAAGCGGACCUCUAUGCAGAUCACAGAAAAUUACUUUUCACAGGUCAGCGCUUUGGAGAGACAGCGAGUAUAUGACUUCUACUAUAUGGACUAUCUGAUGUUUAACUAUUCUAAGCCUUUUAAAGAUUUAUACUGACUUAAGAAUUACGUGACUGCUUCACGUCACAUUUUCACAGUCACAUUCCACUACAUUUUUACCAUAACUGUAAUUUUACCAUACCAGUCUUUACUCACAUGCUCAAAUAGGUCUUUGCGUCUUAGCAGAGAGAUCAGAGAGACCAAAUUUCACUCAAAAACACUUUAAUUACAUUUUUUUAGCAGAUUAUAUUGAUUUGUAGACAGUUUGUGUGCUGUUGUAUUAAAUACUCUAAAUUGUCCUAAAAUGCGAAGUGUUUAUUCACUACUAGCAGAUGGUGAGGUAGAAAUUUAAAACUGUAAACAUUAAGCUUCUAAAAAGAUUUAUUAUUGUUGAACAGGCUUUAAAAAAUAUGCCUUACUCUAGGUCAAAUAGCAUUUGUAAAUGUGUGUUUAUGGUUUAAGCACCAAGUUUACCAUAGAUUUCAAGCACAUACCUUAUCUUACUUACAACAAUAUUCAUAAAUGUAGUAGCUUGAGUCCUUGGUAUUCUUAAAUUGUUCACAGUCAAACCCUUUCAUGAUUUAAAAUGUUUGCAUUUACUGUUUGACCUAGGGCAAGUUAGGCAUCAAUAUACCUCUAUGUAUCAGUGCAUACUAAUACAGAUAUUUGAUGUGAAUGGCUUUACUAAAUAUAACUAAAUGAAACACUACAAAUACUAUAAAUCUUUAAAUGUGUCAAGUGCUGCCCACUUGGAAGCUGUGUGCGCCUAUUGUAGCAUUUUAUACUUCUAACUUUGUCAUUUUGUGCUUUUCCUUAACACAUACAUGUGCUGUAGGUCCUCCAUCAAUAGGGUGUCUAAAAGCAGGGUAUAAAGUGUUGCUAUGAAUAUCUCUCAAUAUAUAUUAGUGUUGCUGAUUUACCAGUCGAUGGUAUUGGAAAUUAAAAAAAAAAAAAAUACAGGCUAAAAACAAAAACAGAUAAACACUUUUUUCAUAUUACAUAUGACAUUUUUCAGUAAUGUACAAUUUGGACUUUCCAGCAAGAAACAGAUAACAAGUUUGCACAAACUUCUUUAUCUGCCACUUUAACCACCUCAUAAUAUUAUAAAGCAACCCAUCCCCUCUGUAUAUAUCAUAGCUAUUCAAUACCAACAUAUAGGCUUUUUUCUGACUCUACUGUGUAAAAUUGUAUAAUGGGCAUUCAGAUGAAUAUAUAUUUUUCUAUGUAUUUCUAAAAUAUAAAUAUAUAUAUAUAUAUAGAUAUAUAUAUUCAGUUCUUCUUGGUGAUGGUUACUUCCUUUUUGAUGUCAUUUGUUGUUCUUUCAGUAAUAUCAGUGUAGAGUGUUGUGUAACUGAAGAGUUUCUUUCCAAAACAAAAUAUCCACCAGCUGAAAACCAACACGUCUCAAAAAAAUUUGAAAUGACUGCAAACUAUUGAUGCAGCAUUUAAAAAGUGCAAAUAGCUAUGUUUGAGUGAUGAAUUGAUCUUCUUUGGUGCUUUGGAGUUAGGGUAAGAUUUUGUUUAAUAUAAAUGGAUAUGUACAAUUUUGGAAAUUAGCUCUUUGAUUAUUUAUCCCAGAUUCAUUUUGAUGCUCAAUGGGAUAAUAGACCCUGUACAAAUGAGCUGCAUUCCACCUAGUUAGCCAUCCAAGCUGAGGACAUUUUUACCCAUAGCAUACCCGUGCUGUGUGUUUAUAUGUGUAGUACUGAACUACCUGUUUAGAUGUUUUUAACCCCACUGCACAUCUUUUCGUAAAAAUAUAUACACAAGAAGGCUGCAGCUAUCGUAUCCUUUGUGCAACAUGGCUAAACUACUAUUCCCAACACAAAACCCAACUGGCAAGUCAUGUUGUUCUUUUCUUUCUUUCUUUUUAAUAUGCAACAUGAUGCAGGUCAGACUACAUAUAUUAUGUGCACUAGUUAAAACUGCAAAAGAAAAACCCCAAAAACAGCAGUUUUUAGGUCCUAAGCAAUCAGAUAUUUUAAAAUGUUUUAGACAUUCAGACAUUUUAAAUACAAGACCAGUGGAACAAAAAGUUGUGAGGUUAAAUACUCUAGGUUUUCAUCUGAGUUAAAAAAAGAAAAACAAGGAAAGGUUAAAUAUAAUAAAUGUUGAGUUUAACGUAACGUAAAACCCAGACAAGUAUUCAAAAAAUUUACAUUUAGUUAAAAUCAACUUGGUUUACUGUUUCAUCUUUAAGCUGUGAAAUGGUAAACAUGCCACAAUCAGAAGUGGUUACAAAUGGUGUAUAACACACCAAAAGCCCACAACCCACACACACUAAACACCUUGAUUAAAGAAAAAGUCAUUUUAAUGGCGGCAAAGAUGGAUUUGAUUUAUUCGAUUCUCUGAACAACCUAUGGGUGAUCUCCAAUAAAAUAGUAGUCACUAUUUAGCUCUGUUAUGUCCUUUGCAGCUCACUGGAAAUUUAUUUUAUGGUAACAAAAGUUGUAUUUGCCUAGAGAAAAGAGGGAAAUCAUAUUAUUCAAAUCUAUACACUAUAAUACUUUUUUAAGACCUUUAAUAAUUUUGGUGAUGGUAACUGUAUGAACUUUUGUCAGUGUAGUGUUGGCUUUUGCAAUGCCAAAAUCUAACCUUUGUUUAGGUUCUGGUCAAAAUCUAUGUAGGUGUAGCCAAUCUUUGGCCAAAACAGCUAAUGCAUUAUGAUGAGUAUUACUUUUGUAAAUACUCUGUCAGUCCCUGCCCCCCUUCUAAAGAAGAUUUCUUGGUUUUGUGGGUAUACGGACAGAUCAAAAGCAUAACUACAGUAACAAGUGAAUGUAUAACAGUUUAUUGUUGGUGCAAAUCUGUAAAAGAAAAAAAAAAGAUUAUCUUAAGCCCUUUGCCUUAUUUUACACUGCCAAUCAAAUGGUGUAUUUCAGGAAGAUAUUUUUCAGGAGGUUAUUUCUGGCUGAUGAGUGUCUGCUAAUAAACUGUC